ACAAACGACAGGAAUAAAAUCGAGGGCUUGCACGGCGGCGCCGCCAAGGACCGCGGCCGACCACCGCCUUGCGAGUUGGUAUCCGCCGGAGUACCACUUCCCGGAGCAGGAGAAGUUGUAGAUCCCGGCGUCGUUGGGGACCCACUCGCCGGCGACCUGAACUUUCCGUUCCCGGAGGAGGAGCCUCACUCACCGGAGACGGAACUCCGCCGGAUACCGACGGUCCAGGAGCCCCAACCGCCGGAGACGGACCUCCGCCGUAAACCGCCGGUCCAGGAGCCCCAACCGCCGGAGACGGACCUCCACCGUAGACCGCCGGUCCAGGAGCCUCCACCGUCGGAGAUGGACCCGACCCAUGGGUCGCCGGCCCAGGAGCCUCAACCGCCGGCGAUGGACCAGACACAUGGACCGCCGGCCCGGGAGCCCCAACCGCCGGAGAUGGACCAGACCCGUGCUCCCCUGUCCCCGGAGACGCCGACGGAGAGCCAGCUGGCGAGAAGGGUCCUCCCGUCGCCGGCGUCGGAGACAAAGUCGAUCCAGCUGGCGAGGGAGAUCCGGUCGCCGGCGGCGAAGCUCCACCAGGCGGAGACGAUGGCGAGCUUCCCCCCUGCCCGGCCGGCGGCGUAUUUGGGCGUUUGUCCUGUUCCCGGAGAUGAAAUAAAAGGGGCCCGACCGGUCAAACGUGAAGACGGAAUUCCCAUCAUCGAACCUUUGUAUGGGAUUUGCGGUGUUGCAGCUGUCGUAAUCGGCCCUACUGUUCACCACAAGAACAGAGUCCGAGCCUCUAAGGAUUUAAGACCCAGCCUUGGCUGCCACCGACCACGAACUGGUAGCCAUAGCAAGAGCUCAAGAAACAAGAAAAUAGAACGAGAAAGAGAAGAGCAUGUCUCCCCUGAGCCUCAUCAUAAGCCAUUGUUAUUUUUCAAGUGUGAUUAUGUGAGUUACCGUUGCAGUGGGGAGUGCGGGAAGAAUGAAGGCAGGAGAAGUUUUGGUUUUCCUGUAUAUCCAAUUUUAGGUGUUCCCCUUGAAUUUAUAGGCAAGUAUAGAGGUGCCAAUAAAGCCCAUUGGGCUAGGGGGAUGGAUAUGAGCAGGGCCUCAGGAAAUCAAAACACAGAAACAUAA